AUGGCCGAUUCAAAUUAUAUUUUCGAACCAAAGAAACAAAACGUAAAAGCUAACAUUCAAAAAACCGUUCAUCAAAUCCCUGGGUUUUCUAUUGAAUAUGUAAAAUCACUUUUUCCGCUUUUCUCAUGGAUCGGUCGUUAUAAUACCACAUGGUUGACCGGUGAUUUGAUAGCCGGGAUAACUGUGGGAUUGGUGGUAAUCCCUCAAAGUAUGGCUUACGCUAAGGUUGCGGCCUUGCCGGUGGAAUAUGGGUUAUAUUCUUCCUUUGUUGGUGUCACGAUAUAUUGUCUUUUCGCAACGUCGAAAGACAUGACUAUUGGUCCCACCGCGGUCAUGUCCUUGCUCAUAGGGCAAGCUCUAACCGCAAUUGCUAGUAAUAAAGAUAAUGCGGGUUAUCAAAAUACAACAAUUGCUGCAGCUUUUAGUCUUUUGGCUGGUCUUAUCGUACUUUUAUUUGGUCUACUACGUCUUGGUUAUAUUGUUAGAUUUGUUUCUAAUCCCGUCAUUGCCGGCUUCACUACUGGCUCUGCUGUCAAUAUCACUAUCAGCCAGACUCUUGGUCGCAUUGCAAUUGCUUCGUUUAAUGGAAAAUCUUCCAAUAAAUAUGCUUAUGUUCCGUUAACUCCAACAUUCGAAGGCGCUCAAAGCCCACCAAAGGGCAUUUUAAUCUUUCGAUUUGAUCAAAAACUUACCUUUCCAAAUGCUGAUUAUAUUGAAGAUCAAGUAAUUAGUUAUGUAAAAGCUAAUACCCGUCGAAUGGCUGAAAUGCCUACAAAAGCAAACGAUCUACCAUGGAAUGAAGCUAAAGAAACUUAUGAAUCUAACGUUCAAUCAAACUCUCAGUUACCACCAUUAAAAGCAAUAGUAUUCGAUUUUUCUGCUGUUUGCAUCGUAGACUCGACUGCUGUACAAAUAUUAGUAAAUAUUAAAAGGACUGUAAAUAAAUAUGCUGAUUGUGAAGUGGAAUAUCAUUUUGCGAAUAUUCUUAAUGAAUCAAUACAAAGAGCAUUGAUAAUUGCGGGUUUUGGUUCAGUAGAUCAGAAGGCUUCGUUAGUCGAUAUUGGAACUAAUACCGCAAAAAUUGAUGAUUUGGAAAGUAAACAUUCAGUGGAAAUUAAACUAUCCAUGGAAACUAAAAAAUCUGCGGAAAUUUCGGAAGUUGUGAUUGAAGGUAGUGAGGAUACGAUCAUUACUUCACAAGGAAAGAAAUUUUUCCAUUUAAGUGUGGAAGAAGCUGUAAUAGCUGCUACUAAUGGAGCUUGGGAAUAG